AUGUGGAAAAAUAUCUGCAUAAUUCUGAUGUUUGUAGUUAUUACUAGAGGAUUUGCACAGGAUGAAACAGCUUUCUGUGAAAUGCUGGGGAGCCGAGAGCUUCCUCUGAUGUCUAAGGAGGGAGAUAUUGUUAUAGGAGGAGCUUUUUCCCUUCACAGCCAAAUCUCAAAGCUUUUACUCUCCUGGACCGAGUCACCAGAACCUCUCACGUGCUCCAGAAUCAACUUAAGGGAAUUCCGGUUUGCACAAACAAUGGUGUUUGCCAUUGAGGAAAUUAAUAAUAGCAGCUUUCUACUGCCUAAUGUCUCACUUGGUUAUAAGAUAUUCGACAGCUGUGCAUCUGCGUUGCCUACGACACGUGCAGGAAUGGGUUUGAUGAACGGAGAGAAAAGGACUUCUGAAAAAAACUGCUCCGGCCAGUCGUCCAUUCAUGCCGUAGUUGGAACCUCUGAGUCUUCCACGACCAUUGUGAUGUUACAAAUUUCAGGGAUUUUCCAAAUACCAGUGAUAAGUCACUUUGCAACAUGUGCUUGUCUUAGUAACAGAAAGGAGUAUCCCUCCUUUUUCAGAACCAUUCCCAGUGACUACUAUCAGAGCAGAGCGCUGGCCAAACUGGUAAAACACUUCGGCUGGACGUGGGUCGGGGCAGUAAGAAGUGAUAAUGACUACGGUAACAAUGGGAUGGCGACUUUUAUUGAAGCCGCGAAUCAGGAGGGGAUUUGUGUCGAAUACUCUGAAGCCAUCUCAAGGACUGGCUCCAGAGAGAAUGUGGAGAGGGUUGUCAGGGUGAUCCGUGGAGGUACAGCAAGUGUUUUAGUUGCAUUCCUGGCUUAUGAUGAGAUGGAUGUUUUGCUGGAGGAAGCUUUGAGUCAAAACCUGACUGAGUUACAGUGGGUCGGCAGUGAAUCCUGGAUUACAUCAGCUCAUUUGGCUAAAAAGAGGUACUCUGGCAUACUAAGCGGGUCGCUGGGCUUUGCAAUAAGAAAGGCAAAAAUCUCAGGCCUGCAAGAUUUUCUCUUGAAGGUGAACCCAAGUCAGGAACCUCAGAGCAACCUACUGAGAGAGUUCUGGGAAACAACAUUUGCGUGCAGUUUCCGGUCCAGUACACCUGACACAAAAUUAUGUUCUGGCGCCGAGAGUCUUCGAGAUGUAGAUAACGCUUUCACAGAUGUGUCAGAGCUGAGGAUAUCCAACAACGUGUACAAGGCUGUGUACGCUGUUGCUCAUGCCUUGCAUAGCAUGUUGAAUUGUAAGCAAGGUGGUGAAAAUGUGACUCACCCUUGCAAAUUAAGAGAUCGUCCAGAGCCAAGACAGGUUGUGAAAUAUCUCCAGGACAUUAAUUUUACUGUCGAGUCGGGAGAGAAUGUGUAUUUUGAUGAAAACGGAGACCCCGCCGCAAUUUAUGAGCUCGUGAACUGGCAGAGAAACCCUGCAGGAGACGUUGUGUUCACAACUGUUGGAAAGUACGAUGCUUCACAUCCAGAUGGAAACCAGUUGACCAUGAAUGGAGUCAACAUCACAUGGGCCGCAGAAUCUGUGGAGAAGCCGCUGUCUGUCUGCAGUGAGAACUGCCUGCCAGGCUUCCGGACAGCGAUCAUCAAAGGCAAACCCAUCUGCUGCUUCUCCUGUGUCCCAUGCGCUGCUGGAGAGGUCAGCAACACAAGCAAUUCUGCAGAGUGCUCUCAGUGUCCGUCGGAGUACUGGUCGAAUGUCAACCACAGCAAAUGUGUUCCAAAGGUGAUUGAGUUCCUGUCAUAUGGAGAGACUAUGGGGGCCCUCCUAACUGCCUUCUCGCUGUGCGGAGCCAGUUUAACACUUGUGGUCUUGUGCGUGUUUUUCCGGUUUCGGCACACGCCACUCGUCAAAGCCAGUAAUUCUGAGCUGAGCUUCCUGCUCCUCUUCUCCUUGACUCUGUGUUUCCUCUGCUCUCUGGCUUUCAUCGGCCAGCCCACUGCAUGGUCCUGCAUGCUCCGUCAUACAGCUUGUGGUGUAGCUUUUGCUCUGUGCAUCUCAUGUAUUCUUGCUAAAACGAUAACCGUGGUGAUGGCCUUUAAAGCUAAAAGACCAGCAAACAUGUUUCCUCAGUGCUCAGCUCCACUUCAGAGAACGAGCGUCAUUGGGUGUACUUUAAUUCAAGUGUUUAUUUGUGUCAUAUGGUUAGCUUUUGCUCCGCCAUUUCCACACAAGAAUAUAGUUUACGCCAAUGAAAAGAUUAUUCUACAGUGUGAUUUAGGAUCAGCUGUGGCGUUUUGGGCUGUGUUGGGGUAUGUUGGAUUUCUGGCUCUACUCUGCUUUAUCUUGGCUUUUUUAGGCCGGAAGUUGCCUGAUAACUUUAAUGAAGCUAAAUUCAUUACCUUCAGCAUGCUGAUAUUUAGUGCUGUCUGGCUCACAUUCAUCCCAGCAUAUGUCAGCUCUCCUGGUAAGUUUACUGUAGCAGUAGAGAUAUUUGCAAUUCUAGCCUCCAGCUUUGGCUUGCUUUUCUGUAUUUUUGCACCAAAAUGUUAUAUUUUACUACUGAAACCUGAGAGGAAUACUAAAAAACAUUUGAUGGGAAGACACAAGCUUUAGAAAAUACAGUGGUAAAAUAGUCCACAUUUCAGCUGCUAUUAGUUUCUGAACUCUUUCAUAAUUUCUUUGGUUCUUUAUGCUUACUUUUCACUAAUUAUUUAGAAAAAUACAUUCACAAUCCAGUACGCGUUUAACCAUUACUUGUUGAUAUAUCUGUUGAUACUGUACUGUAUAUACACUGAGCAGCCUCAAUAAUGGCAAAAUAACUGACAUUAACUACCAAUACCAGGGAAUGUACUUUGUUAUUACAGCACUUCAUAUUAUAAAAUGCUUAGGUUGAAACAGUAAAGUAAGGUAAAUUGGAAAAAAAAAAAUUAAAAGUUUA